CUGAGGAGUCAUCGCCAAUGGUAGACUAUUGAUAAAGAGAUGCAGCGUCUCACAAACAUGCAUCCAGUCACUCCUUGCUCUUUUUUACACUUCUUUCGAUAGCCCCUGGGGCCUCUACUUCUUCGCCCGGUGAGCCCUUCGCGUCAUGGCCAUCCACAACCUCCUCCUCUCUUCAUUACUCUCACAGCCGAUUCUCUCCUUGCUGGUUCUCCCAGUCGUCCUCCUAGCCAUCCAUCCCCUAUACCGAAUCUCUCCGUUUCACCCGCUGUCCCAUGUCCCAGGACCUCUGAUAGCUCGAUUGACCUCCCUAUGGCUGACGUGGCAUGCAUGGGUGGGGGAUGAAGCUACUGUCACCGAUAUCUUGCACAAGAAAUAUGGUCCCAUCGUCCGCACCGGCCCUAACAGCGUGGAUAUAGCCGAUGGCGCCGCAUUAGCAACCAUAUACACCGACAAGGGUGGUUUCGGAAAGACCGAUUUCUACGCCAACUUCGACAUCGACGGGCACAAAUCGAUCUUCUCGGAAACGGACCCCGCCAGACGGGCACCUCGCGCGAAAGCCGUUGUCGCAUUGUUCUCGACUACGAACCUGAGGCAGGGGCAAGAUAUAAUAUACCAAUGCGUGGACCGAUUCGUUGACAGACUCAAGGAAGGCAAGAAAGCGGACAAUUUGGGCAAGCCGGUCAAUGUGCUGAAUUUUACACGAGGCUUGGCCGUCGAUGCAGUGUCAUCCUACCUGCUGGGCAACAGUUAUGGGGCACUCGAUGAAUUUGGAGCCCGCGAGGAGAAGAGAGCGGUUCGAAAGGAAGUCAAGGGAACCCCAGAUCCCAGGAACCACGAACAGCAUAUGAGUGCCAGCGGAAUGGUCGACUGCUUUGUGGCUGUGGGUCGAUUCUGGUAUCUCCCGACGUGGGCCUUUAAGUGGGUUGAAUCGUUCGACGCAUGGUGGAACGCUGAGGAGGAAGUGUCCAAGAGUCUUUCCCUUGUCGACGAAUACGUCAACGGCGUGGUGGCCGAGGCCGAAGCCGCAAUUGCUGCAGCAGACAAGUCGAACGAGAAGACAUCAUCUCACCCGCUAAACUCCUACCCGGCCCGGCUUCUUCAAGCAGGCUUCACCGCCUCCGAGACACGGGCACAGUGCAAAGACCUGAUCUUCGCCGGCACCGACAGCACCGGCAUGAACAUGGGCAACAUCCUGUUCCAUUUGGCUCGACGACCGGAGUGCUACAAGAAACUCCGACAGGAGAUCUUGUCGGCAGACCCCAGCUUCGACGACUUGCAAUCUCUGCCGUACCUGCGCGGCGUGGUCAAAGAAGCCCUUCGUCUCUCCAUGGCCAACCCCUCCCGGCUUCCUCGAGUCGUGCCGGCUUCGGGCUGGACUUUCAACGAUACAUACUUCCCUCCUGGCACGACUGUAAGCUGCCAGCCGUAUAGCCUUCAUUUCAAUCCCGACGUCUUCCCUGAUCCUCACGAGUUCAAGCCCGAACGGUGGGCCGAGCCGACGGGAGAAAUGCUGCGUGACGCCAUCCCAUUCGGUCUGGGUAGUCGCCAAUGUAUAGCCAGGAACCUAGCCACGGUGGAGCUUUUCUGUGCUACGGAGAGAUUGACCAGAGCGGACGCCCUGAACGGUGCAAGGGCAUUAAAGGAUAAGAUUGAGAUUCUGGAGUGGUUCAAUAGUAAAGUCGUUGGAGAACGGAUAGACCUGGUUUGGGAUUAGAACGAGACUCUGAGGGGUUCUAUGAUGGGUGUUGGGUAUACGCUCAUUGCUCAGGUCAGCAAUUUGGAUACACCGGGCAAGACAAGCCCUAUGAAAUCUAGGACGGCUCCUAUCAGAAUUCAAGUUGCGUCUGCUAUGAAAUCUAGGACGACGCCUGGCAGAACUCAAAGUCGCGUCUAUCAUAAAGUCGAGGACGACACCUAGGAGAAUCGAUAGUUACGUCUAUUAUAAAAUCUAAG